AGCUGCUGUUACACUUGCACCCACACUCAUCCUGGUCCCAUGCUGCUUCUGAGCCAGACUGGUGGAGCGAUGACACUAAAAUAAGAAGUGAGACCUUGUUGAACACGAAGCUGCACGCUGUUCUCAUGAGUGUCUGAAGAGCUUGGAAGAUGAGUGACUCGCUGGAGAGGACCACAGACUGUCCCCUGACUCUUCUCGGAGACGACUCCAGGCCAGACGAGGAGAAGGAGAGCCUGACAGGAGCAGAGGAGUUGUGCUGGGAGGAUGGAGGUCUACCUGUGGAGCUGCAGAGAGGGAUGGAGACUCUGCGGGUGAACAGUGAGCUCACUGAUGUGAUCCUGAGAGUUCAAGGCCAGGACUUUGCCUGCCACAGAGCCAUACUUGCUGCUGCCAGUCAGUACUUCAGGGCAAUGUUUUGCAGUGGGCUGAAGGAGAGUCAUGAGGAGUACGUGCAAAUACAGGGGCUGGACAGUGGGACAAUGGGCUUUCUCCUGGAGUACACUUACACCAGCCGAGCCCUCCUCACACACUCCAAUGUCCAGAGGAUACUUGAGGCUGCCAGUCAGUUCCAGUUCCUGCGUGUGAUGGACGCAUGUGCCGGCUUUCUGAGCAAGUCUCUGCACCUGGACAACUGCAUCGGGAUCCUGAAUCUGGCUGAACAUCACGUCCUGUCUGUCCUGAAGUCCAAGGCUCAGGACUACAUCGCCUCUCAGUUCUCCCAGGUUGUGCAGCAACAGGAUUUCCUGGAGCUGCCGGCAGGGUCGCUGGAGACCGUCCUGCAGAGGGAUGACCUGAACGUGGAGUGUGAGGAGUGUGUUUUUGAGGCCCUCAUGAGCUGGGUGAGGGCCCAGCAUGAUGAACGCUAUCCCUUACUGGCCAGGUUGUUGUCACACGUGCGACUGCCGCUGCUGGAUCCAGCAUUUUUUGUAGAAAAAGUGGAGUCGGAUGAAUUGAUACGACGCUGCAGUGAGGCCUUUCCUUGGCUGCAAGAGGCUCGCAUCUAUCACCUCUCUGGCAGGGAGGCAAGUGUGGUCUCUGAACGAACCAAACCCCGCGAACGGCACUUUCUAUCCGAGGUAUUCUUGAUCAUCGGAGGCUGCACCAAAGAGGAACGCUUCGUUUCCACCGUCACCUGCCUGGACCCCCUUAGACGCAGCAGGCUGGAGGUCGCCAAGCUGCCAAUCACAGAGAUGGAGAACGAGUCCCAGAACCGCAAAUGGGUGGAGUUCGCUUGCAUCACUUUCCGCAAUGAGCUUUACAUAUCUGGAGGGAAAGAGACACCAAAUGAUGUUUGGAAAUACAACGGCGCUCUGGACAAGUGGAUCCAAAUCGAGCCCCUGACAACUGGGCGCUGGAGACACAAAAUGGCGGUCCACGGAGGGAAGGUGUACGCGCUGGGUGGAUUUGAUGGAGCUAAGAGACAUGCUAGCGUAGAGGCCUACGAUCCCUUUCACAAUCGCUGGACCCAGGUGACGCCUCUUGCAGUUGGCGUGAGCUCCUUCGCUUCUGCAAGCUUUGACAGAUGGAUCUACGUGAUCGGUGGCGGGCCCAACGGAAAGCUGGCAACCGACAAGGUUCAGUGCUGGGAGCCCGGGACAGACUGCUGGGAGCUGCGGGCGCCCAUUCCCAAUGAAACCAAAUGCACAAACGCUGUCACAUUCAAGAACAGCAUCUAUGUAGUCGGUGGUGCCAUGCAUGCCAUGUACUGCUACUCCCCUCUGUCUGACUCAUGGACCCUCGUGACUCGUCUGGGGGAGAGGGCAAGCUGUGCCAUCGCUGCCUGUAACAACAAACUGUUCAUCACCGGAGGCCGGGACAACAAAAACCAAGUUAUCUCCACUGUGAUGUGCUGGGACGUUGCCCGAGAGGUGCUGACAGAGGAGUGUGUUUUACCUAUGGGAGUGUCGCACCACGGCAGUGUGACACUCAUGAAGUCCUACACACACAUACACAGAAUAGCACCUGCUGCCGGGUGCGAGUGACACAGGAUUUUGCGAACAGGGCCUCGUGGUGGCUGAGAGUGGAAGUGAAUUGAUGCAUGAAAAGUAAAAUUAAUAAAAGUUUUUACAUGCAUUGA